CACUGCACCUUCCUGCCACUCCGGGUAGCAUCUGGGCCCUCAGCUCUCCCUCGUCUACUGGUCCCUACAACACCCCUGGCCCCAGGGAUCCCAGCCCAGGAGGACGAAACGCUGAGCCUAGAGACAUGAGAGUCCAUGGAGCAUUCCACCUUCUGCUCGUGUGCCUGAGCCCAGCACUGCUGCCCGCUGUGCGGAUCGGUGGGAAUGCAAAAGAAGUCCUGAACCUGGCAGAAGGUGACAGCGUGAGACUGAACUGCCCCUACAUCCUGGACCCUGAGGACUCUGGUUCUGAUGCGCUGGGCAUUGAGUGGAUGCAGGUCAACCCAGAACCCUCACGUCGGGAGAAAGUGUUCCUUAGUUACGGGGACAAGAGGGCCAACCAUGGCGACCUCCCCGAUCUGCAGCAGAGGGUCCACUUUGCAGCCCCAGAUCCCAGCCAGUACGAUGCCUCUAUCAACCUCUCGAACCUGCAGAUAUCCGACUCAGCUACCUAUGAGUGCCGGGUGAAGAAGACCACCGUGGCCACCCGGACGGUCAUCAUCACUGUCACAGCACGGCCUGUGGGGCCCAAGUGCUGGUUUGAGGGCCACAUGUCAUAUGGCCAUGACGUGGUGCUGAAGUGCUUCGUCAGUGGGGGCAGCCCGCCUUUCACCUACAAGUGGAACAGGAUCAGGGGGAGCGCCCACCCCUACCGUGCCAGUUCCUACCAGUCCCAGGACACCUUCCAGUCUGAGUUCUCCUACGACGAGUCCUUCAGCUCCAUAAGUCAAGUUUCAGGCAUGAGCCACGGUGAGCUGGUGUUGGUGCAUCUCUCCCACAAGGAUGAUGGGCUGUACCAGUGCACAGUGGCCAACCAUGCAGGCCACAGCGUAUGUGUGGUGGAGGUGAAGGUCUCAGGAGUCGCGCACAUAGGAAUACUCAUUGGCAUAGUGCUGGGCUGUUUACUCUUGCUGGGCUGCCUGAUGUUGGGCAUCUGGGGGCUCGUCCGCUGCUGCUGCAGAGGGCCCCGCGGUGCCUUCUGCUGCCGUAGCCAGGUCCGCAGAAAUGCCUGCUGCGACUUGCCUAAUGAUAUCAGAAACAAAGGAGUUUUGAGAAUUCAUUACCCAGAGUCACAACUUAAGCAGCAACCUGUCUGGAGGUUUAUCCCUGUAGCCUCUGCUCCAAGGGAGCCUCAGGUGAGUCUCUGGAGUUUACGCUCUUUGUCUAUCCAGCCCACCUGGAGGAAUCAUUUCAUUUAUUCCUGGUGUACGGGAACAAAAUUGUCUCCAUUCAGUUCCUUUCAGUUAGAUGAGGAAAAACAUGGCAAAGGGAAAGAACGUUGAGAGAUGUGGAACUGUACAGGCAGGGAGAUGGUGGAAAAGCAUGGGCAUGGUCUUUGUGCCUGCCAGUGAGAAGAGGACAACAUAGUCUUCUGCCACCCUUCUGUGGCCAUUGCCCUCAGCAGUCUUCCCAGGUGUAUUUUAUUUUAUUUAUUUUUUUUAAUUUAUAUUUUUAUUAAUUUAUUUUUUCCGGUUAUAUUUUAGAAGGACAGCAGGAUGGGACACUGUUAAGGAGGAGACUGAAGCCCUUGACAAAGGCAGGUCAUUGAGCAGAGGAGGAUGGAGUGAAGCUUUCGAGCUCAUUUUUAUAGUGGCUGAGUUUGAGGUGAUGGUGGGCCCAUGCUGGGUGUCUUGGGGAGAAAAGAAGGAAAAGAGGGAGGAAGAAAACUUGUACUAAAUAUUUGUGAUUUAGUCAUGCCCACAUAUGCAAAAGAAAAGUCCUCAGUUUUGGAUUCAGACAAACCUAGAUUCCUUGUUAUUAUUAAGCUCCCAAAGCCUUAAUUUCUUCAUCUUUAAAAUGGAAUAGUAAUAGG